UCCAUAAAUUCCCAACCUUGAGGACUUCCUCAAACCCUAGGACGCUUCCGUAUUUGCGCAGCGAAAAAACAGAUCGUUCACAGCCUCCGCCAUUGCCUGUUUCUUCUGUGAAAAAUGUCGAUCGGAGAAAUUGCUUGCUCCUACGCUUCUCUCAUCCUCUGCGAUGAUGGCAUCCCUAUUACCGCAGAAAAACUUGCUACGCUUGUAAAGGCAGCUAAGGUUGACAAAGUGGAGUCUUACUGGUUCAGCCUUUUUGCUAAGCUGGCUGAGAAGCGUAACAUUGAAGAUCUGAUUCUCAAUGUUGGUGCUGGUGGAGGCGCCGCAGUCGCUGCUGCUCCAGCUGGCGGAGCUGCUGGUGGCGCUGCUGCCGCCGCUGCUCCUCCACCGGAAGAGAAAAAGGAAGAACCAAAGGAAGAGAGUGACGAUGAUAUGGGAUUCAGUUUGUUUGAUUAGGUCGAGAUAUGGCAUCGCAUAUUUUGUGCUCGGUUGAUUAUCUUUUAAAUGAGAGAGGGUUCUCUUUAUUUUAUAGAUAUGUAAUUUUGGACGUCCUUGACAAAUUUGGCUCAAGUUUUAAUUUGAAUGUGAUCGAAUUGCAUCUUUUUGGUUGAGGUUUAUUUUUUAUAUAUACCAUUAUGUUCUCCCGC